UAAUUCAACGUCCAUGUGAGUUAGCUGUAACCUGAUUUCAUCAUUUGAAUAAUAGCAACUGAUCAUCAGUCUGGUUGUUAGUGUCUCCAAAAUUCAACGCAAAUACCUCCUCCUCCUCUUCUUCUUCUUGCUGCACAUUUUACAAACUUAAUUACUUAUGGCGACUAUUGUGGGAGAAGCACUUCUUGCAGCUUCUUUGGAAGUGUUGAUGGAAAAGAUUGUUUCUGGUGAGUUCGUUGAUUUAUUUCGGAGCACCAAGCUUGACGUUGCACUUUUGGAAAAGCUGAAGAUAACAAUGUUGAGUCUUCAAGCUGUACUUCAUGAUGCUGAGGAGAAACAGAUCACCAACCCUGCUGUCAAGCAAUGGCUGGAAAUGCUGCAUGAUGCUGUCUUUGAAGCUGACGAUUUAUUUGACGAAAUCAACACGGAGGCAUUGCGGUCAAAAGUUGAAGCUGAGUAUGAAACCCGAACUGCUACUGCUCAGGUGCUGAAAACACUUUCUUCUCGUUUCAAAAGUUUUAAUAAAAAAGUCAAUUCUAAACUGCAAAUACUAUUUGAAAGAUUAGAACAUUUGAGAAACCAGAAUCUUGGAUUGAAAGAAAGGGGUUCCAGUAGUGUUUGGCAUAUAUCUCCUACAAGUUCUGUUGUGGGUGAUGAAUCUUCUAUUUGUGGUAGAGAUGAUGACAAAAAGAAACUGAAAGAGUUUCUGCUGUCAGAGGAUAGUAGUGAUGGUCGAAGUAAAAUAGGAGUGAUUUCCAUUGUAGGUAUGGGAGGGCUAGGGAAAACAACAUUAGCUAAAAUCCUUUACAAUGAUUCCAAUGUGAAGCGGAAAUUUGAGGCGAGAGGAUGGGCACAUGUCUCAAAAGAUUUUGAUGUUUGUACUAUCACUAAAACCCUUCUUGAAUCUGUUACUUCUGAAAAAACCACGACUAAUGAUUUGAACGGUUUGCAAGUUCAAUUGCAGCAAAGUUUGCGAGACAAAAAGUUUUUGCUAGUAUUGGAUGAUAUAUGGUAUGGAAGAUAUGUUGGUUGGAAUAAUCUGAAUGACAUCUUUAAUGUUGGGGAAAUGGGGAGUAAGAUCAUUAUCACAACACGAGAUGAAAGAGUUGCAUUACCAAUGCAAACCUUUCUUUCUGUCCACCGUUUAAGAUCUUUGGAAAAGGAAGAUUGUUGGUCUUUACUUGCCAGACAUGCAUUUGUAACAAGUAACUACCAACAACGAUCCAAUCUAGAAAAAAUUGGUAGAGAAAUUGCCAAAAAAUGUGAUGGGUUACCAUUAGCUGCAAUAGCACUUGGAGGUUUUCUUCGCACCAAAUUGUCACAAGAUUAUUGGAAUGAUGUUUUAAAAAGUAGUAUUUGGGAAUUGACAGAUGAUGAGGUGCAACCAGCUCUGCUAUUGAGCUAUCGUCAUCUUCCUGCUCCUAUAAAAGGAUGCUUUGCUUAUUGUUCAAUUUUUCCGAAGAACUCAAUCAUAGAGAAAAAAAUGGUAGUUCAAUUGUGGAUUGCAGAAGGCUUAGUACCUAAGCCCAAAAUUGAGAAAAGUUGGGAAAAAGAAGCCGAAGAAUACUUUGAUGAACUAGUGUCGAGAUCUUUGUUACGUCAAAAUUCGACUGGUGAUGAGGAAAUGGGCUUUGAAAUGCAUGACCUCAUUAAUGAUUUGGCAAUGGUAGUUUCAUCUUCAUAUUGUAUUAGAUUGGGAGAACAGAAGACACAUAAAAAGGUACGUCAUUUGUCAUACAAUAAAGGGAAAUAUGAGUCAUACGAUAAAUUUGAAAAAUUGCAUGGAUUAAAAUGUCUACAAACCUUUCUACCCUUGCCAUUACAAAGAAGGUCGUGGUCGCCUUACUAUUUUGUGCCGGGGAGGUUGAUUUGUGACUUGUUGCCACAGAUGACACAGUUACACGUACUGUCUUUGUCAAACUACAAGAAUAUCACUGAGUUUCCCAAUUCUAUUGGAAAUUUGAUAUACCUGCGAUACUUAAAUCUCUCUCACACUGAGAUUAGAAUGUUGCCCGCUGAAACAUGCAAGCUUUACAAUCUGCAGACCUUGUUGCUGUCAGACUGCAACAGACUGACUGAAUUGCCGAAAGACAUGGCAAAGUUAAUGAAUCUACGUCACCUUGAUAUCAGAGGCACUCGAUUGAAGGAAAUGCCUGUGCAAAUAUCCAGACUAGAAAAUCUCCAAACUUUGUCGGACUUUGUUGUAGGUAUUCAGGACGAUGGAUUGAAGAUUUCAGAUUUGGGAAAACAUUCCCAUCUACGGGAAAACCUUACCAUCUCACAACUUCAAAAUGUAACUGAUUCAUCCCAUGCUUCUCAAGCAAACUUAGUGAUGAAAAAACAAAUUGAUGAGUUGGUACUUCAAUGGUCUGGCACUAGUCCAUCAAAUUCACAAAUACAAAGUGGUGUACUUGAACAAUUGCAGCCAUCGACAAAUUUGAAGAGUCUCACCAUCAAUGGCUAUGGUGGAAACAACUUUCCAAAUUGGUUGGGUAGUUCUUUAUUUGGCAACAUGGUGUGUUUGAGAAUCUCACAUUGUGAAAAUUGUUUGGUGCUGCCACCCCUCGGACAAUUAGGUAAUCUGAAAGCUCUUUAUUAGCGAGAUGAAAUCAAUAAAGAGGAUUGGUACCGAGUUCACGGGAAGUAUUUCUCAUUCGUUUCAACCAUUUUCCUUCUUGGAGACACUAGAGUUUGAUACAAUGCUAGAGUGGGAAGAUUGGAAGUUGAUUGGAGGUACAACUGCAGAGUUUCCUCGUCUAAAACGUCUGUCACUACGACAAUGUCCAAAACUCAAAGGAAACUUACCCCUUGGACAAUUACAGAAUCUUGAAGAGAUCAUUCUUGAAGGGAUGAAAUCAUUAAAGACACUUGAUACUGGGUUUUAUGGAAGUAGCAGUUCUCGUUUGUUUCAACCAUUUCCCUUCUUGAAGACUUUGAGCUUUACGAAUAUGCAAGAGUGGGAGGAAUGGAAACUGAUUGGAGGUGCAUCUAUCGAGUUUCCUAGUCUUACACGCUUGUUACUAUGUAAUUGUCCGAAACUCAAAGGAAAUAUACCAGGAAACCUUCCUAGUCUUACAAGUUUGUCACUUAAAUAUUGUCCCAAUCUCAAACAGAUGUCGCCCAACAACUUUCCUUCCCUUGUUGAACUUGAGUUAGAGGACUGUUCUCUACUGAUGGAGGCAAGGCAUUCAUCAGAUGUGUUCAACCAAUUGAUGAUUUUCCUCAAUGCUCUUCGAAAUAUUUCCUUAAGGAAUAUUCCAUCUCUAACGUCCUUCCCGAGAAACGGUCUGCCCAAAACCAUACAGUCGCUUAAAAUCUGGAAGUGUGAGAAUCUAGAGUUCCUUCCUUACGAAUCCUUUCACAAUUACAAAUCACUUGAGCAUUUGGAAAUAUCCGAUAGUUGUAAUUCUAUGACAUCGUUUACCGUAUGCGCUCUCCCUGUCCUUAGAAGUCUAUGUAUUUACGGCAGUAAGAACCUGAAAUCGAUAUUAAUUGCAGAAGAUGUGUCGCAACAGAAACUCUUGCUUCUUAGAACCAUCAAAAUAGAGCAUUGCGAUGAACUGGAGUCAUUUUCCCUUGGUGGAUUUCCCAUUCCUAACCUCAUUCAUUUAUCUGUUUGUAAUUGUAAGAAGCUUUAUUCGCUACCAAGAUCAAUAAAUAUCCUAGCUAGUCUUGAAGAAAUGAAAAUUCACGACCUUCCAAAUCUGCAAUCGUUUUCCAUACAUGAUUUUCCUAUCAGCUUACGGGAACUGAGUGUUGGCAAUGUUGGAGGGGUUUUGUGGAAUACAACUUGGGAACGUCUUACUUCUCUUUUAGAGUUGCUAAUUUGGGGUGAUGACAUUGUGAAUGUGCUGAUGAAAACGGAAGUUCCAUUGCUACCUGCUUCUCUCGUCUCUUUAAAGAUCUCUUUACUUGAAGACAUAAAAUGCUUGGAUGGGAAGUGGCUUCAACAUCUCACCUCUCUCCAACAUUUUGAUAUUAUUGAUGCUCCCAAGCUCAAGUCGUUGCCAAAAAAGGGGAAGUUGCCUUCCUCCCUUAAAGUGUUGAAUAUCAAAAAGUGUCCGUUGUUGAAAGCAAGUUGGCAGAAGAAGCGAGGGAAAGAGUGGCGUAAGAUUGCUCACAUUCCAUCGGUACUUAUCAAUGGACAAAUGAUCACAUGAGUAUCAUGUCGAGUGACAAUUCUCCACGAUAUCUCUUAGUCUCGCAGAUUCUCAACUUCGACACUCUUUUGAUUCUCAUAACAAAGUUCUAUCAGGUGUUUCGAGAAUGCAUGUAACGUGUUUGAUGAAAUGCAUGUCAGGAAUUUGUUGGUUUCAUAACUCUAAUUUCUAGCUGUAUUUCAAUGGCUCCGCCUAUUUGUUCUUGGUCGUUUCUGUCGUCACCUGAGACGGCGCCGCCGGGACAAAAGUCAUUCACCCAAGCGGUGUUCGCUGCUGUGGAGGACAGUUUGCCUUCGCUUCCUCCUAAGGUUAUCGUCGGAGUCACCGUUCGUAUCAGAAUCACUCAACGCGAGUAUGAAGCCGAACUCUCUGUCAACGAAAUUCCUGAAGCAGAAAUUGGAAAGUAUGUGGCCAAAUUUGAAACCUUGGGCCAUCACUCCCGCUUGGCAGAGGUUUCUUCAAGUUCAAUUUUCACUCGAUGGAAGAGAUGAAGAAGGUCUGGGCGUUGGGUGCUGUUCAGCUGAAGCCUGGGCUCCUGCGUUUCUUUUGCUGGUCUAAAGACUUCGAUCCUCACAAUCAAACACAAUCUCACGCUCAAUUGUGGGUAAGACUUCUGAAUCUUCCCCAAGAACAUUGGAGAAAGAUCACUUUAUUUGAAAUUGCAUCAGGAAUUGGUACCCCUCUAACUAUAGAUGAAGCAACACAAUCCCGUCUUUUUGGUCACUACGCUCGUAUUCUUGUUGAUGUGGAUAUGUCUGAUACACUUUUUAAUUCUGUUGUGGUUGAGAGGGAAGGUUAUGCUUUCCCGGUAACCGUUGAGUAUGAACGCAGGCCAUCAUUUUGCUCUCAUUGUAAGAUGUUAGGACACUCUAUUCAAGAUUGCAACCGUAUCAAUAAUGCACAAUCCUAUGCUGCUCCAAGAAACCACCAGAAAAACCUUUUCACCAGGCUGAACCGUCCAAAAAAACCGACUCACUCAACAUCACUCAACAGCCAAUUUACUCCAAAUUAUCCCUUCAACUCAGUCCUAUAACUUGUAAGGUCUUAUGAAGUUGGAAUAAUGGGCUUCACAAACCAAGAGGAUUGCAAAAAAGUCUAUAUAUGUGUGGUAAUGGUUUAGUUAUAGCCUUAUAGGAUAAUAGGACUGACGUAGUGAUAUCGCCCAUUUAGCAUUUAACCAAGUGAUGCACUCUCCAAGGCCACAUGAUUGUGAGUAUUUGUUAACUCCUACCAAAAAAGGCAUGUUUUACAUUCACAUUGAAGGAUGAAGAACUUGAUUGAUUGCUUAGAAAUUCAUGAUAGAAAAUUGAAAUGUGUGUUGAUUUGAUGAUUUAAUAUAAUUUAUAGAAUUGUGAAAUAUGCAAAUUACUUGAAAAUUAGAAAGAUAUCUUUUUGUCUCGGUAAGUUAUUGUGCUUUUGAUGCAAAUGUGUAGGUUAAUUGGAAUCCCUAUCACAACAGUAUUUGGAAGUUGUACUUCAAUCACCUAAUCCAUUUUCAUUAGAAUGAUGGCUAGUUAUGUGCUAUGAAUAUCGUUAAAAUUAUGAUUUCUGCUAGUCAUUUCUAUUCAUUUUAGGACAAGUUAUGUUUCUGCAAUAGGUUUUUAGAAACACCGUGAUUGAUCCAGAAGGAUGUCCUCAACAUUGAUGUACAUAGCUUCUUUCAACAGAUGUCUCAUUCGUGCUGCAAUACUCAAUAGAGCUAACAAAGGAGCGAAUUGAGGGAGUCCACGUGGAGCACAUCGAGAUAUCUGGGUUGCCGAUGUUGAACACUGAUCAUGAGGUGGAUGGCACGUAUCCGACGGAAGCGGAAGUGUUUUGUCAGAAGGUUCUAGAAGCUAAUUCAUAUCUCUUUGCUUAUCCUGAUUACAACUACUCCAUCACUCUGUAUCUUUGGCACCAUUGAAGAAUGCAUUAGAUUGGGGAUCAAGACCAUCAAAUGUGUGGGCAGGGAAAGCUGCUGCAGCUGUAAGUGCUGUUGGUGGUGGGAGACGAGCACAAUUUCUUCUCUGCCAAAUCGACCGCUAAUGCGAAACCAUUGCUGACUUGGUUGAUUUAGAGACCAAAGAGAAGAUUAAAGAAAUUAUUGUUUCCUUGCAAGAAUUCACCUUGAGACUUCAAGAGAAUUGUUUUGGGAGUAAUAUAAAGCAUGAACAUAUAUAUCUUCAAAGCCUUACAUGGUUUAUCUAAGGAAGAUGCCAUUUUAUUUGGUUGUGUGUUGUGUAGUAUCUGGAAACAAAGAAUCAACAAAGUGUUGAAUGAGGAAAUUGAUGCUCAAGCUUAUGUUUCAUGAUUGGCAAGAUGCUCGUAAGAUUUGUAAUAUAUCUUGUCCACAGCCGUGACAAGAAGGAAAUGUGAAAUGGACCAAACAAGCUGAAGGAAGAUUUAAGUGUAAUAUUGAUAUUUCUUUCUCCUAGCUUUCUAAUAGAGUGGGUAUAAGAGUUUGUAUAAGGGAUGAUACAUGCAAUUUUUAUUUUUUUUAUAGCAAAAACCGAAUGGUUUACUGCAGUAUGUGAGGUACAUGUUGGCGAAGCUCUUGGAUUGUUAUCAGCUUUAGAAUGGGUUCAUCAAUUACAUUUGGGACCUAUCGAUUUCGAGGUUCGUGCCAAAAAAGUGGUGGAUAGUUUUUCAUCUCCAGAUCAGAAUGUUAGAGUUUAGGAUGAUUAUUCAUAUUUGUAAAACUACCAUUGAACAAUAUUAUGUCAACUCUCUAGUGUUGAGUUUGUGACGAGACAAUAAUACCAACAAUUAUUACAUUGGGUAAAUAAUCAUUCUCAUA